GAGCGGCCUGGACGGCCGGAGGGGCCCCAGGGCCACGGCGCCCUGGCAGACUCGCUGGACCAAGGUCAAGGAGGAGCGCGGCAACCAGGCGGGCCCCGCGGACAUCGACCCGGAGGCGAAGCAGAGAGACGCGGAGAGCAGGAUCUCCAGCGGCGGCGGCGAGGGCGGGGAGCUGAUGUGCGUGUGCGAGAGCGGGCGGGCGUCGCUGGACGAAGACGCGAUGAGGCUGGAGGCGCAG